AUGGCUGCCUUUGUAUUGUUAAUGUUGUGCUGCACUGUAGAAACAUUUGCAUCGAAUGUGCCAGAGAAAUAUUUUCAAGAAAAUCGUCGGCUUUCCAAGGCAAUAGUAGAGGCCCUGCAGGACUAUCGCUUCGACGAGGAGUUGCUGUUCGACCUGAAGAAAGAAAACCAAGUCUACCUCAACCGUACCAUGUCACUCAUCAUCAAGUAUAUAGUAAAGAGGGAGGUUGACAAUUACAGAUCGCGUAGGACCGACGCCAUCAGCCGCCGCAUUUAUUCGUCGCUUAUUAUGAAGCUGAUCGAUAUUGCAAAGGACUUGCCGCGCAACACUAGCGCCGUCAACCGUAUCGACACUGCACACAGGUACUACACGACCGUGGAGAAUAACGACACGCACGACAAGAUGGCCGACACGCAAGUUUUUCAUGCGUGUGCGCGUCUUUACGACGUCAUGUUUACGACACCGAGGAUACUGGCGCAGUUGGGAAACUUGGAGGACAUAACACCAAGAUUGCUCACAAAACGUUUGAUGGAAAUGCAAAUAAAGCCGGUGCAUCUUGGUGUUGCUCUGCUCAUACAAUAUCACCUCAGAAAUACCAUCAACUUCGCGAUCCGAUCGAAAGCGCUCGAAGUCCUCAGCACAAAACCGCAGAAGGUGGGCCCACACGUCAUCGACAUGCUGAAGGCGCUCGCUUCUCGUCUGUUGCCUGUCGCCGAACUGUUGGAUAUCCACCUGGCGCAUUAUAGUCCAGCUUUUAAGGACACCUGCCCUUCCACUUGGCUUGGAAUUGUUAAUAAUAAACAGCCUUGA